AUGACAUCCAUAUCCUUUGGUGGCACGAGUUCAGGGUUCCAACUGGGAGUCAACCACGGGCAGAUUAUUCUUCCAGCGGAACGAGGGGAGUCCCGCGCUAAGCCCAUAUCGACCGUGCCACUCCCGCACGAUCCAGAUUUCGUCAGUCGUGAUGCGCUCCUGGAACAAAUUCAGAAGAAGGCUUUGAUUCCAGGAUCUAGGAUAGCUCUUGUUGGACUCGGCGGCGUGGGGAAAACGCAGCUUGCGGUCGAAUACUGUCACCAGCUUCAACGACAAUCACCCGAUACAUGGAUUCUAUGGGUCCAUGCGAGUAAUGUGGCUCGCUGCGAGAAAAGUCUCCGAGAGCUUGCGGAUCGAGCUAAGAUUCCUCAUGAUCACAAUACCAAUAUUUUCCAAGUCGUUGGCGCCUGGUUACAAGACGAGAUAGUCGGCCAAUGGGUUCUGGUCCUCGAUAAUGUUGAUGAUGAUGAGCUCCUUCGUAAACCCUUGACUAUGCAGAGCAAUGACUCCACGCAACCACCACUGAGAUACCUUUUUCAAAGCUCAAAUGGGUCCAUCAUUGUGACAAGUCGCAAUAAAGGAGUAGCAUUGAAUAUCGCUCGUCACAGUGAUAUCAUCGAAGUACAGCCGAUGAAUGAGGCCGAAGCGCUGAACCUGUUACAGAGGAAGCUAAGCACUUUCGCAGAGCAAAAAGAUAUGAUACAGCUAGUCAAGGCCCUUGACUACAUGCCGCUGGCGAUAGUACAGGCCGCUGCAUAUAUCACACACCAUAUGCCCCGCUGCUCAGUUUCGAAAUAUCUCGAGAAGGUACAGAAAAGUGAUCAAAAAGCAGCACGACUCCUUGAUUAUGAGGCUAGUCUUCUUCACCGAGAUUGGGAAGCCAAAAACUCCAUCCUAGUCACAUGGCAAAUCUCCUUUGACUAUAUUAAACAAAUACAACCGUCUGCAGCGGACCUCCUCUCUCUGAUGAGCUUUUAUGAUCGACAAGGAAUACAGGAGAGUCUUCUGCGACUUCAAGCAAGCCAGGGAAAUCGUGAGAUAUCGCACCUAAAGAGGCACGCAGAAGAAUCUAGUGAGGAUGAAGAUACCUCAUCCGAAUCCGAGGCAGAUAAUCAUUUCAAUGAUGAUAUUACCACACUAAGCUACUAUGCAUUAAUCACGGUCGGAGAGGAUAACACCUUUUUCACAAUGCAUCGACUGGUACAGGUCACAGUCCGUACAUGGCUAAAAGUCCAUGGCCAGCUCGAGCAAUGGAAAGAGCAAUUUAUAAAUCAUUUAUACUCAGAGUUUCCGACUGGCGCAUACGAGAAUUGGGAAAAAUGUCGAUCGCUCUUUCCACACAUUAAGUCAGCGGAGUCACAACGCCCAAGGUCCGAAGAUUCUAUACAGAAAUGGACUAGUCUGCUUUAUAGAGGUGCGUGGUACGCGCUAGACAGUGGUUAUAUUGCAGAAUCAAGGGAAAUGGCAUAUAAAUCAAGGGCUUAUAGACAAAAGGCCCGGGGUGCUGAGGAUGAAGAUACACUUACCAGCACUACGAUUUUAGCAGACAUAUACCGACAAGAAGGCCUAUUGGAAGAGGCCGAGCAGCUUCAUAUACAGGUCAUGGAGGCUCGCAAGACAAAGCUCGGCGCGGACCAUCCGCAAACGCUGUCGAGUAUAGCAGACCUUGCGUCCACAUAUAGGAAGCAGGGUCGGUGGGACGAUGCCCAGCAGCUUGACAUGCAGGUCCUAGAGGGUCGCAAGACAAAGCUCGGCGCGGAUCACCCUGACACGCUCAUGAGCAUGGCCAACCUUUCUACGAUAUAUUGGGACCAGGGUCGAUGGGGCGAGGCCGAGCAGCUCCAGAUACAUGUCUUAGAGGCUCACAAGUCAAAGCUCGGCACGGAUAAUUUGACAACGCUGUCGAGUAUAGCUAGCCUUGCGACCACAUAUGGGAGCCAGGGUCGAUGGGGCGAGGCCGAGCAGCUCCAGAUACAGGUCGUAGAAGCUCGCAAGUUGAAGCUCGGCGCGGAUCACCCUGACACGCUCAUGAGCAUGGCCAACCUUUCUACGACAUAUUGGGACCAGGGUCGAUGGGGCGAGGCUGAGCAGCUCGACUUGCAGGUCUUAGAGACUCGACAGACGAAACUUGGCGCGGACCAUCCGAAAACGCUGUCGAGUAUAGCUAACCUUGCGACCACAUAUUGGAGCCAGGGUCGAUGGGGCGAGGCCGAGCAGCUCCAGAUACAGGUCAUGGAGGCUCGCAAGACAAAGCUCGGCGCGGACCAUCCGAAAACGCUGUCGAGUAUAGCUGACCUUGCGACCACAUAUAGGAAGCAGGGUCGAUGGGGCGAGGCCGAGCAGCUCCAGAUACAAGUCUUAGAAGCUCGCAAGUUGAAGCUCAGCGCGGAUCACCCUGACACGCUCAUGAGCAUGGCCGAAAUUGCCUUCGUUUGGGAAUCCACAGGCCGAAGUGCUGAAGCUAUUGAUUUGCUACAAAUGUGCAUGGCCAAAUCGCAACGAAUACUAGGUCCGACUCAUCCCAGCACCUUAGGCCAUUCGAAAACCCUCCUCAAAUGGCAGAUGAAGCAUCUCAAGAUAGAGGAAUAA